AUGGCUUCCAAGCAAAUGCUUGCAGCGGCGGCGGUGUCCGUGAUCGCCGUCGUCUUCCUCCCCGCGCUCGCGUCCGCCACGGAUCACGUCGUGGGCGAUGGCCACGGCUGGACGCUCGGGUUCGACUACGCUGCCUGGGCCGAGAGCAAGCAGUUCACAGUCGGCGACACGCUAGCGUUCAAGUACAGCAAGAGCUCCCACAACGUGGCGGAGCUGAGCGGGCCGGACUUCAAGGCGUGCAACAAGGCCGCGGCCACCUCCGUCUGGAGCUCCGGCGAGGACCGCGUCACCCUGGACAAGCCCGGCCGGAGGUGGUUCAUCUGCGCGGUGGGCGAGCACUGCCGGCUUGGCAUGAAGCUCAACGUCACCGUCCUCCCGGGCACGCCAGCGCCGCUGCAGGCGCCGGCGCCGGCACCGGCCGAUCCUCGUGCUCGGCGCUCCCUCUCCAGGUGGUGA